GAGCUCCGUGGGUGCAGUACCUCUACAGUGCCAAUUUCCAGAUACUGCAUUAAUUUCUCAAAAUCUGGACGCUUCAAUGAGCAUCUCUAGCCAGCCAUGAAUAAGUCGCUUCAUAGGAGGUCGAGAUCGCCUCGAUGUACUUGAGUGACAGAGACUGCGUCCUCGUCCUUCUUGACGAAGCAAUUCUCCGACACGCGGCCCCGGCGGUGCAGAAGCUCGUGGAGGCGAUUCGACAGGCGACGAGCAGAGCCUCGGACGGGCAGCAGAUCGAAUUCAGCGAGGAGGACUGGAAGGAGUGGGAGGCGAAGCAUCCAUGCGGAAGCCGGCUGGAGCUCGCGCCGCUCUACGCAGCGCUUAUAGAAACUUUGAGUGAAGAGACUUCACACAAAGUUUCUGAAUUCCCACAAGCUGAUGGCGUGGCUCCCUGUUUCCAAAUAAAAGAAGGAGCCUUCGGUGUUUGGCUGGUGCAGAAUGGGGCCUUCGCAUGUGAGCCUCCUGUGAAGAUAUGCAGGAUGGCAGAAAAAAACUGGCUUUGACGAAAUCUACGUGGAGCCGGCGGAGAUCUUGGCUAAAGAGUACUUGUCGGAACCAUCACUUCAUGAAAUGUUGGUGCUCCCAGUGAUGUAUACGAUGCGCUCUGCGCGAUAACUUAUCGCGCCACGCAUCUCUAUGGUUUAUCGCCGAUAAACCAUAGAGAUGCGUGGCGUGACGAUUAUUGCACCAGCUCUAAGUCUGCUGUCUCUUCUGGAUGGGACUGAUCAUAUGUUUGACUGUCGCUUGUGUACAGUAGUGAAUUACUCUGGGAGUCAGACCAUUAUAUCAGUAGAUAGUAAUCUGGUGUAGAUAUAUGGGGUUUAAGCCAGAAACCCUUAUAUCUACACCAAGGUGACCUUAGACUUUAAGGUCAUCUUGGUCGCGAGCAUUAAUAAGCGAUCAUUGUAUUGGGUGUCGGAUAUGUGUUUCGAGCUUAAAGUUCAACUUAAAAACGGUUUCCGGUUCCCUAUCCCGAGUAGCAACACCGUGGGCGAUCUUAACAGAGCUUUUACGGGGUAGUCCUCCGAGUUUCGAGUGGUAAUCAUUGCUGUCAAGUUAGUAGAGCAAUCAGAGUCAGAAGUUCAAGUUGAAUUAUGAUGUCCUCAGAGGUGUGAUAUGUAACUCAAGCAAUGAGGUACUGAUCACACCUCUGAGUGCGAUCGGUACCUAAUUUCUCAGCAACCUAGAAGUGCGAGUGUUGCUGAGAAGUGAAGACGUAGGAAGCAUGUUACUUGGUGUGAUUUCAAGUGUAUAAAAUGCUAAAUAGAGGGUUCUCACCUCAAUACUGUCGCGGAUGUUGCUAAUCUUCCAGGUGACUGAAGAGUAGAGUGGUAGUAAACAAUGGCAGGUUCUGCAGAGUCUAUAGUACCUGCAGUUGUAGGAAAUGCAUCAAGGAGUGAUCCAUAUGGAUAAAUCCUGGAUCAUAUUGAUGGGGGUUGAAUACUCAACCAACUCUAGGUCCUUCAUUGCACAGGAUGACCCAAAACGGUUCCCACAAGCUUCUUGGACGCAGUAGAGAAGUAGAAGCAGGGGAAAGAGUAGCCAUUUUGAAGCUGAAAUUAGACAACAGUUUUUUUCCUCGAUGAGAAAUUGUAAACGUAACAGCAUUUGUGUUUUAGUACCUUCUGUUAAAUAGA